GAUAUAUAUGGUCUACCCGACACUAGGUGGUAGCAGUCUUCCUGAAAUCAGCUCUGUGUUUGAGAGGAGGAGGAAAUGCUCCGGUUGAACAGCUGAUGGGCUCUUCCUGAAGAUGCUGACUACCUCAUGAAGCCACUGAGAAAAUACCAAGAGUGUGCAGAUCUGUCAUCAAAGCUAAAUGUGGUGCUGCUAUGUUGUGCCAUGCAUAAGUCACCAUGGUUGUCAACCUCUGCCUGCCACACUUUCAAACCACGGCUCACUGCAACAAGAGGUCUUCAAGCCUCUGUUCCUCUUUUUCCCAGCUAUGCGCAGAUGGCUAUGAUGUUUCCAACCUCCUGGCAUGCGACCCUUCUGCUCGACGGAGAGGUUUUAAGCUGGAGUACUUCCUGCGUCCUCCACUGCACGUAACUCUGCACUUUCGAGUGAGAGUUGAGCUGUGUCGUGUGGAUGUUGAGCUUUGGCCUUGUGGUAUGGACCAGGGAAGUGUCUCCAGGAAGCUCGAGAUUCUUACCUGCUCUGAUCCUGUCUCUGAAAUAUCAAAAGGUUCCCAGGAAGACAGUAGACAGUUUAAACUUGUGGGACGUUGUGAGCUAAGGGAGGAUGUGCUUGCAUGUUUUAAUCAUCGCAAUUUCAAACAUAGAAUUCCUUUUCUUGAGGCACCACCUGAGCUUCCAGUGCAGGCUAAGCAACAAGAGCUCUGGAGUCGGGGCCUGGAGUCUCUGAACUCGGUGGCCCAACUUCGUAUUAGUAUACCCUUUGGUGGAGCUGGUUCUGCACUGGGAAUAAAGUCGUUAGCAGUGUGGGGAGUUCCGGCUCGCUCUUGUCCUUCUGAGGAGCUUGCGAAGGUCCAAAAAGCACAUUUUGACAGUUUGAAAGUGAAAAUAAGACCUCCCUCUAUAUCACCAGUCUCAUAUCUUUCUACCUCAGACAAAUCUUCUAGGCCAAACCCUGCACCCUCAGAAACCCCUAUUCCAGACGAGUUUCUGGAUCCUUUGACUCAGGAGCUCAUGGUUCUACCAUUGAUCUUGCCCAGUGGCAUGGUUAUAGAUAGUAGCACGUUAGAGGAGUACCAGAAACAUGAAGCCACUUGGGGACGUUUGCCAAAUGACCCGUUCACCGGAGUUCCAUUUACACAAGACUCUAAACCACUUCCUAACCCUGUGCUUAAAAGACGCAUUGACAGUCUGAUACUGCAGACAGGAUGCACAAGAGUCGGAAGCAGGAAUGGUCAGCUGAACAAACCUCACACUUCCAAACUUGUUGAUCCUCCACAUGCUGAAAGACCCACUUGCUCGAAAGACUUGGUUUGCAUUGGAAACUUACAAGCUGGACCCAGUGAGACUGGCAUCCAGCAAAGCCAAUCAGCAGGUAUUGAAAGUGAAACAAAACUGCAAAAAGAUAUUUAUGUCAAUAAAAAUAAGACACGUAAUGGAUUUACUGACUCCAAGCUAAAGGGAACUAAAAGGAAAUGUGAGUCAAACCUUCCGACCAGAACAAAUUGGACACCACCUUAUUCAUCCCCCUUGACCAAAAUGCCCAAAAUGGAUGCAAGCCUCACAUCCCUCACAGACUCCAGCCAAACCUCUCAUGAGCAGCGUCUGUCAGACAGUUUAGACCAAGCACUAAGUUCUGCUCUGCAGGGUUUACCAACAUAUACCUCACAAAGCCAACUGAAGCCGGAGACAACAUCAGGACCGAGCAGAUGUGGGUCAUGUUCUUGUUCCUUGACUGUUUAUUCUGCAAGCUCACCAGCUUACUCUUUACCUUGCGGUCACCUGCUGUGUCGAACAUGUCUGCGGAAUGUACAUCGUCCCGGCUCACAAAGACUGCCAAUCACCUGCCCCACAUGUAAAACCUCUGCCUCACCCAGUACAAUCACACGAGUGCAUCAUUAAUGUGUCAGUCCUGAUUGUGAAGGGAAAUAAUCUUCUGGUUUUGAUGUAAUAAGCUAAUGUUAUGUUCAUGUUUUGCUCUUUUGUCAUUUGUAAUACAUGAAAUAUCAAUAAACAGGCAAGCAAAGCAAAA